AUGCAGUGUCUGGUCCAUCUACUCACCAUCUUCCCUGCUAUCAUCCUCGCUCACCUGCUGCCCAUCACCUGCUCCACCAUGGCUCUCCGCUACUCCUCCUUCCAGCUCCACCGGCUAACCCACUGCUUGCCGCCUCCCUCUGACAUCGCUGCGAGCAUCAAAUAUGCCGGUCUUCUACGCCGCCCCCGCUACAUACAUCGGGGCUCACGACGAAAGUUCAUCUACAACUCCACAUCUCUGCGCGUCAUCAGAACGCACGUCAAGUUAACAUACAUAACCUACGGCCCAUUUCCACUUCCGCCCUGA